CGUCGACGAAUAAUUUUGUUUUGACGUGCAAAAAUCACAAGACUUGAAAAAAAUAAAUAAUUUCCUUUUACCUGCAAUAAAAGCAAUUUAACAGAGAAAAUUUGCAAAAAAGAAAGUUCUCAGCCUAAUUGGCCAUCUACUGGUGAUGUUUGUGCGUCAUUGGGGGCACACGGGGCGCAGUAGGAGGUGGCAGAAGUGAAGGAGAAGAAGGGAAAAAAUAAAGAAAACAAACCCAAAGAGGUCAAGAGUUCGGGAAAAAGGAAUUUUUUGCUGUCAUGUCGCAACUUUUGAGAUUUCUGAUAAGAUACCACGCAAUUGUGGUAUGAAGUGGUCACGAUAGCACGACAACUAGGACAGGAAAUGUACCGACAACUUGUGAAGAGACGUUAAUUAAAAGGGGAAGAAAAAAGUUAAAGAGUCAAACUUCCGAAGUGCAGCAGAACCAAUAAAAGAGAGAGAGAAAAUUACAGAGAAGGAUGUCCAGUAGCGGCGGGAAGGAUCGCAAAUCACGCUCAAGUAGCAAAACUCAAGGAUGGGAGGAAGCUGGUGGGGAAUUUUAUCAAGAAAGCUACCCAGUGGGUGCAGAUUGGGAAGGAAUGCAACGUGAUCCAGCUGCCAUUGCCACCCUGUUACCAUCGAAGCAGAAUAGAUAUGCUACAACACGAAGGGUCCGUCAGGGUCAACUGGACAAUCGUACCAGUAGACGACGACAGAGCGCCACAGCAACACGUCGAAGUUCCACCUUUCGUGCAGGACAACACAAUCAGGAAGUUCAGGUUGCAAUGCUUCCUGAUCUCUCAGAAAAUCUCACGGAUGAGGAGAGAAUCUGGGAGGAGAUUCACGAAAUAAAAUCAAUGCCAGUGUCAAUGGCACAAAAGAAAGAGAUGAAGGCUCAAUUGCAGAUUCACUAUAGAGCUUCACGCUCAAAAUCUCUCUUUAUGUUCAUUCUUUUGCUAUCAUUUGCAAUUGCCGUUGCACCCGUUGUGUAUGCCGUAGCUGAGCUCCAUCCGUCCCGUUCUUGUGGCCCCUUCCGGGGGCUCCAGUCCGUUUGGACAGCUGCCAUUGAGGCAUUCAUGAAGAUGCCGGCAUUCGUGCAGAAUGUUAUCUUCUUCUUUGGCACAGCGGCUUUCGCUGUGCCAGCAUUUAUAAUUCUCAUCCUCCUCCUGUACUACUACUAUGCCGUGUCAGCGGCCAAUAAGCACAUGGUGAUGGUGCUGAAGAAUCAAUUGGUUCUCGAGGGGCGCGAUAAGCAAUUCCUACUCAAUAGACUGAGUUCCUUUAUAAAGCAACAGCAGGAUUAUCAGAAGAAGAUGAGACAAGCGGAAAUGCGUGCUAAUCGCGAUAGUCGUACUAGUCGCAAUGCAGGAGAACGUGAGGCUGAUUAGAGACGUGAUUUUUUAUCAUUAUUUUAUCUAUUUAUAAUCUCUGUAUGAUAUUUUAUCUAUUUUAUAUAAAAAAUGUUUUUUUCUUAAUUCCUACCCCAACCACCCUAAACUCCACCUAAAAUAUUAACUAUUCUCAUUUUUUUUUGAUUGACUUUAUAAUAAAUAUUUUAUUAUUAUUCCUAUUAUACAAAAGAAAAAAAUCUUUACAAAUUUUCAAGUCUUUUGUAUGUUCUUUUAGUAAAAAUUUUAGUGAUUUGCAAAAGGAAAAUUGAAAUCCUAUACACACACCGUUUAAUCACAAAUUUAGUCAAGACACAUACCAUUAAAAUGUCUUUUUUUUAAUUUUUACAUCCAAUUGUGUUGAAAAAAAAUCAACAGAAUGUUGAGAUAUUUUUUACUUUAUUGCGCUGGUAGCAACAGCAACUUGACUUUUGUUACCCCGGUCUCACCUACGCUCGGCAAUCUUAUUUUGUUUGAGAAAGAAAGAAUUUUAGAGCUCUUUGUAAGAAAUAUUUUAAGAAUAUUGGCCAAGAAUUGACUUUUCUAGGCCUUCUAGACAAUUCUGAAAUCAAAUUUAGCAUUUUUUUUUAAAUAUCUUUUUUACUUUAAAAAAAAGUAGUUAAUUGUAGGCAACAAAAAAUCUCACAAAAUCUUUGGAAAUUCUUAUCUCAAACGAAAUAGAAUACCUAAUAAAGGGCUUGAUUCAGCGACCAAGAAACCCUUGAAAUCUUUAAAUUUUGUACUGAAAUUUCAAGAUUUCAAGCGAUUUUCAAGGGUUUCUUGGUCGCUGAAUUAGGCCCAAAAUUAGUCAAAAAGGUCGAUUCUGUAUGAAAAAUUUUCAUUUCCUUCUUUGUCCAAUGUUCCAACGACAAAAUUACAAAGUUUUUUUUAUAGCACAAAAUGUGUCUCGGCUAUGUACUCUAAAAGCCGAUUAUAUUUUUUAAAUCAGUUUUUUGCCAAAUUAAAGAAUAUUCUUCAAUUUUAUAUGGAAUUAUUUCCGAUACAUUCACUUCUUUGCUUAGUUUUGAAUGAAAAAUACAUUAAUUCCUUAGCUGAGACACAUUUUAUGCUAUAAAGUUUAUUGUCUUUUGAACUGAAAUAAAGAGGACUAGUCAUUCAACUAUGAAUCAGUCCCCAAAGAGGUAACCAAAUUUAAUUUUUAAAUUAUCAUAGGGCAUUGUCAAAGACUCAAGAAAAGCGUGGUCAUUGCCCGGAAAAGCGCUGGGAAAUAUACGAAUUUUCACAUUUUAUGUCAAAUCGGGUGAAAAGUUCUUUGAUUUUUUUUCUUAAUUUCUAGUUAUUCUAGAAAAUUCCUUUCUGUACCAUAUGAAAGCUAUUUAAAGGCCUAACAAUAUAUAUUUAAACCAUUUUCCAACGGUGGAAAACUCGCGAGAUUUUCCGGCAUUGAACUUUUCUUUUGCCUCCCAUUUCUCCAAUAUUGUACGUGACCAAUUUUAAAAUAUCUCAUUUUGUAGCAUUUUUAAUUAUCUUUCAUUUGAUAUAACACUUGCAGGGGAAAUCCGCUGGGAAAACUCGCUACAGAAUGAUUUUCCAAAGUUAAGCACGUUUUCGCGUUGGAGAAAAAGAGAUGGCCAAUUUUUUUCUAGAGGAAUUCUUAGAACAUUCUGGAAACAUCAAAGAGAAAAAAUUGUCUAUCUCUUUUUCUCCAACGCGAAAACGUGCUUAACUUUGGAAAAUCAUUCUGUAGCGAGUUUUCCCAGUGGAUUUCCCCGGCAAGUGUUAUACCAAAUGAAAGAUAAUUAAAAAUGCUACAAAAUGAAAUAUUUUAAAAUUGGUCACGUUCAAUAUUGGAGAAAUGGGAAGCGAAAGAAUAGUUCAAUGCCGGAAAAUCUCGCGAGUUUUCCACCGUAGGAAAAUGGUUUAAAUAUAUAUUGUUAGGCCUUUAAAUAGCUUUCAUAUGGCACAGAAAAGAAUUUUUUAGAAUAACUAGAAAUUAAGAAAAAAAUCAAAGAAGUUUGCACCCGAUUUGACAUAAAAUGUGAAAAUUCGUAUAUUUCCCAGCGCUUUUCCGGGAAAUGACCACGCUUUUCUUGAGUCUUUGACAAUGCCCCAUGAUAAUUUAAAAAUUAAAUUUGGUUACCUCUUUGGGGACUGAUUCAUACUAAAAUGACUAGUCCUCUUUGAAAAAAUACAUCCAACCUUGAUUUUUUUCUUCAAAUUCUAUUUAAGAAGUUUCUGAUGGAAAUAUAUAGACUUUGACACCAAAAGGUGUGUGUCUAGGGUAUUUUUUUUGUUAUUAAAGACACCUCUGAAAAACAAUAAUUUGACUGAUAAAAUGGACGAUUUUUAUAAAAAUAUAAAAAAAAAACAAUUGAAAUUAAAUUACGUGAGCUCUAGUCUGUGUAGAGUAAUAAAAUUAUUUUAGUUAAUUAGAUGCUUAAAAAUAUUCUUCUGUCGUCCACCACACACAAUAUUUUCUCCUAGACGUGAUGUUUUUUACGUCAAAACACAAACCUUUUGCAAAUCACUCACUCACCCCCCCCCCCCUUACACCGAGAGAAAAGCACUCAUUUUUCUAUUUAAAAUAAAAAUAUUUUGCAUACAAAACAACAAAGUAAGAAGAGAGAAGAGAAAGAAAAGUAAAUAAUAUUAUUUAUUCUCCAUUUGUGACAAUUUGUAUCAACAGACUGUAAACUAUUUUAAUUUUUAUUUUAUUUUAUUAUUCUUCUGUGUGAAGAGAAAAUUCUUUACGAGAAGAAUGAAUGAAUGAAGAAAAAAAGUAAAACACUCCAUUAAUAUAAAUAUUUAACAAAACAAAAAAAAAAACAACAAAUAUCCAAGUGAGGAAUUAAAUAUAAGGUAAAAACUGAUGAUGAGAGAAUCUUUUUUUUUUUUUCAAAUGGAAAAUCUACCAAGAAUGAUAAAUAAAAAAAAAUACUUAAAGAAUGAAAUAGAAAUAAUAAAGCAAAGCUAAACACACAAAAAGACAACAAAAAAUCAUCUCACACCAUGAAUAAAAUAUCAUAUUGCAUAAACAAGACGUGAAAAAUGAGAAGAAAUCAGCUCAAUUUUUUAUCUACAAAAAAAAAACAAAUAAAGUUAAUAAUGUAAAAUACGAAGGUUUCUUCCAUAAGACACCACCCACACACACAUACACCAACAUGCCACACAAUAAACAAAAAAAAUAUGAAUAAAUAUAAAUAAACUGCCAAUGAGAACAAUUUUGCGCAAAAAUAUAUUAUAUUCUUUUAGUAAGUAAAAUAUAAAAAGAAAGAGAAAUGAUAGAAUACAAGAGAUUUUUUAAACUGAAGUCAAAACCAAAUAUCUUCCUCACUUUUUUUUAUCAUGCGAAGAAAAAAAAGAAACAUUUUUGUGAUUUAUUUAAAAAAAAAAACAAGAACAAGGGAAGAAUUUUAUUAUCUCUAUAUGUAAUUUAUAAAUACGAUGUAAUCAUAAAUAAGAAAAAAUAAAAAGAAAAAUAUUCACAUCAAAA